CUGCGUCUGGCAAUACCAUGAACGCGUUUUAGAGCGCAGAUAAAAGUUAAUAUUUUUCGUGUUGCAAAAUAUAAAAAAAUGUAAUUUUCCUAUUCGAACGCGCAAUUAAAGUUAAAAAGUACUUUUGUCAAUUGCUUAUGUGCAACAAGUGCAAACAAAUUAAACAGAUGCUGUGAUAAAACUAUUUUACAGUGCUUAUAUGAAGGGCAAAAAAGUUCAGCGCAAAACCAUAGCAGCAAAUUAAGCGUAGUGACGUCUGGUGCUUUCGGACACAAGAAAAUGUUUAAUUAUCGUGUUUCUCUACCGCAGCAUUUAUUAUCACCAUUAUCGCCAUUUCAUAAACAACAACGUAUUGCAUAGUCCACAGCCAGUGAGGCAGGAUACCAUUGUGUGUAUUGGAACUUCAAAAAACAAGCCGAAGGCGAAGGGGUAAUCUAAAAAGCGUUACGCAGUGGUCGUCAAACCGCAGCAGCCGCAGUACACCUUCCGCAAGGGUGUACCUGUGUGUGUAUGCGUUUUUGUGUGCUUGUGCGGUGUAGAUUAGCGGGUGGAAGUGGAGGUCGGUUGUUUGUCUUAUCAGCGCUCCAAAGUGAGCCCUGACGGCAGUGGGCUGCUUAUUAUGCCCGCAAUAGCGCAGUCAACGUACGAGUCUGUCGUUGGUGAAUAGUGCCGGCCGUCGAAGGUCAGACGAUAUGAUAUUUAUUUGUUUUUGUAGUUUAGACUAAGUUAAGUAGAAUCGUUAUAUUGCGCACAUUCGUAUCAACGAAAGUUAACACGGCGCCGUACGCAGCGACAUUUUUUGUCGCGCGGCCUUACGCCAAAAGCUGGAUAUCGCAACAGCAGCCGCGACAUAUUUGUGAACAACACAACGAGCCCUUUACAUGGACAUGACCGACAAGAAUGCUGGUGACAAUGGAACGCAAUGGUCAGAAACAUUGGAGUCACAAAAAGCUGCUCUUGCCGCACAACAAGAAAAGCAACUUAACUCCUGCAUACAGCAACUGCACCAGCAUCAGCAACGACUAUACGACCCAGCAGCGUUAAUGCCAGCCCAUAGCAGCAUUUUUGGAGCAGGUGUUGGUGCCACACUCGGGCAUCCAGCACAUCCAGACGGUAUAGCAACUUACGCAAGUGCGCGCUUUCAUCCACCACCAAUACCAACUCAACAGUCAACAAUAGAUGCAACAAACGUAUCACAUACUAUCGCGCACCAGCAUUCCCAACAUCAACCGCCGCACCUACAGCAUCAACCAUCACCAACGCAUGCACCACCUACAGUGCUAACAGCGCCAGCAGCCGCUUCGCCUAAUGUACCUGUACAAAGUGGCUUUGUGCCGCCACCAUUACUGCCAGGUUCAGCUGGUGCUGUGACCGCUGCCGCUACGUCAGUUUUAACGCCAAAUCCAUUCGCAGUCACACAACAGUUGGAUCAUCUUACCUCACAUUGGAAUUUACAACAGCAAUUAGAGUUGAAUAAAAUCAUUAAUGCGAUGAACACACAGGUUAGCGCAGUUUGUACAGCAGGCGUAGGAGGCAAUAAUGCAGGCAACUUAGCAAGUCAGCAGCAAGCAACACGGCACAUUACAACCGAUGUGCCAAUGACUAAUGUUGGUGCUAGCAGCAGCAGCAGUGGCGAUGGAACUGGCGCUAUGUCUGGUGCUAUUAGUAGCACAAUUGCUGAGAAUGUUUUAAACGCGAUAAGCGCGACCCCAAAUAGCAGUGUUAGUUCCAGUGUACCCGCCGUGCAUGGACGUUUGACGGGUAUUGGUGUAAGGAUACCAGAUGAUGAACGAUUACAACAUAUACAGGAGGUAGUUGAGACGGGUCUUAGCGAGUUAGCGAAGCAGCAAAUACAGCAAAUCGCCGAUCGCAUCGCAACACUGAAGCCGGUGGAAAAGUUGUUGCUUUAUUUGCGUUUGCCCGGAGAGACACCCGAAACAGAUCCGCUGCGCCAUCCGCAAAACCCAUUGGGCACACGUUCUGAAAUAAAUCACACCAUCAAUUGGGUACGCUCACAUCUGGAACAUGAUCCCAAAGUGUCUAUACCAAAACAGGACGUGUAUAAUGAUUAUAUCGCAUAUUGCGAUCGGCUCGACAUCAAACCGCUUUCCACAGCAGAUUUCGGCAAAGUAAUGAAACAGGUGUUCCCCGGCAUACGACCACGUCGAUUGGGCACGCGCGGCCAUUCACGUUAUUGCUACGCAGCUAUGCGUAAAACUACAAAAUUGGAUGCACCGCAACUGCCACUACUUGACACUGUUGCCGCCAAUGAGUCGUCAAUUAUUAGUAGUACAAGUAGCGCUGACCUGCAGAAUGACUCGGGUGAGGGCAUUGCUGGUAAAGAAACCUGGGAAAUAAUACGUAGCUGGGCAGAAAAUGUGUUGCAUGUGAAGGUUGAUAGCGCGCAGGAGCUUGCGUCAUGCAUCAAAAACACUGUUAGCGGAGGCAAUGAAUUAACAGCAACGAAUGCGCGGACGGCCGGUGGUGCUGUGCAUAAAAAAUACACACCGCGUGAACCGAAAGAGAAACGUUUGAUGGCGGACAUGGGUCCGCUGAAGAAACGGCGCAAGAGAAAACGCAAAGGCUCCUCAUCGUCAGAGUCCACUUGUAGUCAACCACAAGCACAGACGCAGCAACAUUCUACCACGUCGGCGGUCGAUGAGCAAGCAGUCGAUGUAAAACCAGCUAUAAAAGCUGAGCUGGUACAAAUCAAACAAGAAAUACUAGAGUCGCCCACAAUGCAGCGGAUACAACAUUUACCAGCUGCUGCGCCGCAGCUACCACAAAUGGCCACAGUCACAGACAACUUUUUGCAACAACAGCAACAGCAGCAAAUGUUGCCUAUGAAUUUGGUAACUGAGCAGCGAACUGUGUUGGCACGCGCACCACCUUCCGCCAGUGCCUUUGGAGUCGUCCAGGCACAACCUCAAACGUCACAACAACGGCAACCAGUACGCACUGCCUUAGUUGGCUUACCCUCUAGUACAACAGCCGUCAAGAAUCUAACUCCGAAAAUCAUUGAACUGGGUGCAUCCUCAUCAGCUGCAGGGCCAGCUAACGCUGUACAUGAGCCAACCACAGUUAUCAAAGAAGAAGAAUUUUUAGAUGAGUAUAAUCCGAAUAUAUUUUGCAAGAAAGUACGCAAAGCACAACAAACAAAGGGAUUUUGGGCCAAUUCGCCCACCUCGGUUUCGAGCAAUGUGGUCGUGCCUACUAUUACUACAACAGCACCGGCUAGUGAAGUAGUGGCUUUGUCUACAUCAUUGGCGGCUGUUGCAACUUCAGUUAUUGCAACGUCUGCCAUGUCUUCCAGCCAUUCUUCGGCAUGUAAUCAAGAUGCAGGGCUUACGCCAACCGAUUUGAUGGGUCCGCCCGCACAAAUUGGCAGCAACCCAUCCGUCAGUCCCUCAAACUCAAUAUUAGGCGCGGACAGUAGUGGGACCACACCUCAACCCCCAACUGCUGCAUCGCCUAAGGUCUUGUCACGGAAUAUGCUACAGAUGCGCGCUAAGCGUCAGCAAAUAAUCGCUGCUCUAACAGCCGAAGCGGCUGCAAAUGCGAGUAACAACCUACCCGACGGCGAUGCGAGUGAUCUACCAGCAAAUUUGGGAUUGCCGCGUGAACGUGUCAUAAGCAUAUGUAACAUGGACAAACACGAAUUGGACGAUUACUUCGUAGCUGAUGAAGUGGAGGAAGAACCGGAGGAUCAAGAAACCGAACUGCUUCAAUAUUUUCAGACGAGAGACGCUGAGGAAAAAUUGAAUUCCUUAGAUGCUAUAAAAUCCAGUAGGCAUCCAACAGCCUUGACGCAGGCAGCGAUUACAACAAUGCCAGCAACAACAAUGUCGACAGUAGUGGUGUCAACGGCGCUUGCAAAAACGCCGACGUUGGUGACGAAAUCAACGCCUCAAAUAGCCAAAGACGUUGGCAGGCAGCAAAGUGCACAAAUAGUUGCCACAGAUGGCUACAGUUAUGCAUCACAAUUGUCAAAUGGUGGUUUCACUGCCUCUGCCAGGAACAAAAAACACAUGGCAUUAGGCACGACAGCGACAAAAGCGGCAAACCCCACGACAACAAUGGCUGUUGGAUCAGCCUCAGCGUCUCUCACCUUUAUGUCACAGAAGCAUCAACAACAACAACACCAUCAACAGCAAAUGCAUUCACAGACCAGAAAAGGAGCUACGCAGCAAACUCUUGCAACAAGCCACAUUAACAACAACAAACGCAAAAUUAGUUUAAGUGGGCCAACACUAAAUGCCGCCGAAGUAAUGGCGACGCGUAAGAAUUGCAUUUUCUUUCCCAUAUCACCUAACAGCAAUACGGGAAGUGGUGGCAGUAAUGGCACAAAAAAUAUUGGCAACAACACAAACAACAAAUUUAAAGGUAGCAAUGCAUCGUUAAAUACCGCAAACAUGUCCAACUCCAAUAACGGUAAUGGUGGUGGUGGCUCAUUCUUUGUCAGUCCUGGGCAAAGUGCGCAUCGGGUACGUCCCAAGCCAACGUUCGCGCUGGGUAAGCAGCUGUCCUUGGAUCAUGAUUCCAGCGAUCCGAUGAUCGGUGCCAGCCGCCGACGCCGAAGCUAUGCCAAUCUUGUCAUAUCCGGCGGCAGUAAUUCGCUCAUACCGCUAUCCUCGGCCUCUGCACCGCCGAGUCCGUCUGUUUUACAACAACAACAGCAGUUCUAUGGCGCUGGUUUCUUUAACGAUACUAUGACUCAGCAGCAAUGCAGCAACAAUUCUGCAGGUGGUGCGGCCUAUAAUCAGCUUAAUAGUAACACUACUGUAAACGCGGCCGAUAUAUUGGCGGCUGACCAAAACUCGCUGGAUUUGGAUAUGUUUAGCGCUUCUGCGGGUAGAGCUAUGGAAUAUGAUGACUUGGCACUGGAUGAACUUACAACGCCACUUAAUGAAAUGCAACGUUCGCAAUCGGUACCGCUUUCACAGCUGCAGCGCAUACAUUCACCAGCGUUUAAUCGUAGCUUUAUAAAUGCGCCUUAUUCUGCAUGCACGUCCGUUGCGCAAACGCCAGUGCCACACGAAUUUGCCGACUCAUCAACGCUUUUCUCCGAGAACAGCUGUAGCGAGACCAGUGGCGGCGCUAGCGGGGGCAUGAAUGGCAGGCAUAGUGCGCAAGUGGUAGCUGCCAAAUUACUGGACGACGAGGCCGCCCUAUUAGCGACUGAUACAGCCGCAAUGCUUGAUAACUUAGACGUAGCUGAAAUGUUUCCCGCAGAUUUUUUGCGCAUGAAAUUUCCAAAUAAUGUACAGAGUAACGCAGCAACAACCACUUGUUCCUCAGCGGGCUCCUCGUCAGGGUACAGCAGCAGCGCUUGCACGACCUUUGGCAGUGCUGCGCUAAUAUCAGGUACCGGCGUCAAUAGCUUACUCGGCAGCACCGGCAACACAAUGUCCCGUUCGGUACCAUCCACGCCUCUGCCGCAUCAACAACAGAGCCCAUUUGCAUCGUACUUUUAUGGCGGACGCCGACGUCUCGAAGAGGAGGUGCAUCUCUCUCCAUCGCUCACAACACCUGGCAAAACUGUGGGCGGCACGUUCACUACUACUGUUUUCAAAUAUGGCAACAAUGGCGGUGGUUCAGUAGAAGGUAGCGGGGGCAGCGUCAACAACAACUACGACAUGUCACGCUCCAUGCCAACGACGCCCACAGCAACACCACGUUUUCGCUAUAGUCCAACAGAGUUUACACGCGAAUUUCUUAGUAAUGGCAAUACCAAUACCAUCGACAGCCUCAUAAGCGGCAGCGCAAACGCCGGCAGUCUUACCGAUGCUGGGGCGCCCAGCGAGGGCCUAAGUGCCGCCCUCACAGGGCUCACCGGCAACAACGAUGCUCUUAUUGAUGACAGUUGUGGUCUAUCCACGGAUGCAUUCGUCAACCACACUGUUGCCGACGCUGAAUCAAUGAUGGCUGAAUCUAUCGAGCUGCUGGGAAAUUUGUAGAAUUUGCAUGAAGGGGAAGUGGAGUUGAUUAAUAGCAACGGCAACAACAGCAGGAACAGAAACAGUAACAAUACACAACCCGUAAAGUCAGAAACGUCUGAUGCGCCACGAUCAGUGGUUAUGCAACGGUUGGCCGCUGAUGAAGAGGAUGUGCAAGAAGUGGUGCCUGCGAGUAUUGUUGUUGGACUGUUGUUGGAGCAGGUCGGUAAGCUUUAAACAGUUUAUUGCCUUCGUAGUUCUUAUAUCUUACCACACACACAUAUAUUUGCCAAAAGCCUUGUAAAGGAAGAAUAGAGGGUAAUUAUUGGAUUGAAGGGGAAAGAGGUUGCAAGUGUAUAGCUGACCUUAUGCAAAAUCCUGAGUUUGUACAAUAGGAGGUGGAGGAGCUAAUUGACUAUUGGAUAAUAUUUUAUGCUUUAAAUUCAUAACAACAUUAAUUAUUUUGGCAGUAGCCAGAGAAAAGACGACUGUCGGUCAAAAUAGCCGAAGGGAUUCAAACGUUAAAGAAGCAAAGGAAAUUAUAAGCUGAGUUAGAAGUGUAGCUUACUGAAACAAUGAAAUAAGAGUUUUUGAAAAGCUUAAAUGUCUUGCGAAAUGCGUAAUAAGACGCUUUGAUCGCUCAUCAACAAUAGAAGGACGGCCACGCUUUCCUUGUUUUAAGUAAUCUGUGGGAUGUUUAAGAAUCUUUACCAAAGUAGUUUCACUUAUUUCAGCAAUUUCCCUAUUUUUUACCUUCCUCACGCAAGUGGACAACUAUUUUUACCAUGGAUUCUGAAAAGAACCUUCCGAAGUGCGUUUUUGCUUAUAUAACACGUGAAAUAAUAUCAAAGUCUUCAACGUUUAACUGAACGUGACGAAAUUUUUAAUACUUGGCUUUAAGGCUUGAUCCACUAUUUAUUUCGCACGGAAAAAACGCGUGUCCUAAAACGGUCCCGAGAAAAAAGUAAACAAAACUAAAAAUUAUCAUUCCCUGCAAAAUUGCAUUACCAGAGCUUAAAUCAGAUUUGUUCGGCGUAACGUAUGUGUUGGCCUAACAUAUUUCAGUUGUAUGGUUUUUAAACUAUUUGUGUCAUUAUUAAUUUCGCUGAAGUAGAAAAGCGAAAUUAUAAUAAUAGUUGCUUUACUUUUGAUUACCAGCAGGUCAUGCGUAGCGUACCGACGCAUUCGAGUAGUGAAGCCAGUCUGAGAGCCAGAGUUAUAUAAAAAGCGUUCAUAACAUGUAAGAGCUUUCAUUAUGAGUAGUGCUUUCACUUCUUUGGAAGUAGUUUGAAUUUAAAAAAGCUCAUGUUCAAGAAGUUUCUGAAGCUUUUAUAAUAGCUUUCACAAAGUGUAUGAAGUUAGUAAAGAUUUUAAAGUAGUAUAAAGUCAGUUGCAACCUUGGAGGCAGUAAUCUAAAGCUUAAAUAUAUUGAACUGGAAAACCAAAAAAAAGUGGGGAUUUUCCUCUUGCUGGGAUGCUGUAUAAAGGUCUCUUUUACACUUACAAGGCAUUUUGACAGUACAGUUUUACUUUGGCAAAUGUGUUUAGGACUCGAGAGCCAACAAAGCUUUCUCUUCAACCGUCACCGCGCCCAAAAGUGAAAAUUGCCCCUUUUUUUAUAACUUUAAUUUUCUAAUUUCUGCUAUUUACAUUAGGAAUACCAAAUACAUUUUUCUUUUUUUUCUUUAAUUAACCAUUUAAUUUUACAACACUCCAAGCAUCAAUGUAAACUGAUUAUUAGGUAUUAUUUUUAUUUGUUAUCUCCAUUCAAAACUCGCUGUUUUUUGAGAAAUAAAUUGAUUGUAAAAUGUUGGAGCAUGUAUUUUUAUACAUGUAUGUAUAUUUAUUUAUAUAUGUAUGUGUAAUGUAUUGAUUAUAUUUAAUAUGUAAUUACACACUAAAAAGCUGUACAUACAUACGUCUACAUUUAUACAUGUAUGUAUGUAUGUCUGCGUUGUAGUAUAUGUACCUAUGAAAAGUACAUUUCAUAUAGGGAAUUUUUAUACAGCGCGAAAUUAUAAUAAUCCAAAAUAAAUUUGUAAAACGUUUUUCAACCUAUAAUUUCAAUUUGUAGACCCAUUUUCAGUUGAAGAAUGUAUAGCAUUCGCGUUAAAGCAAAGCAAAAAAAUAAUAAUAUUGUUGGUGAACGAUUACAGAGUUGCAUUUUUAUCGAAAUUAAAAAGAAAACCUGUUUUAAUUUGCUUAAAGCGGAGAAAUAUUAACAAAAACAAAUUAUCGAACUUAUUGAGGGUUUCAUUUGAGCGAUUGCCUUAUACCGUACUCGUAUCGCCGGAAAAUUAAGAAAAUAAAAUAAAAUCGGUACUAUCUUUUUAUUAAGAAAACAUUUUAAAACACUUUGCGAAUUCUAUACCUACAUACGUACAUAUAUUGCUAGCAGUUAAAUUUCUUAACAUUAAUUGAAAGUUCGAUAGUUCGGAGUAAUUUUGAAAGCUCCAAGCUUCCGUAGUCACCGAAGGAAUCGAAAAGAAAUACAAACAUAAAUUAAAUAAAAAUAAAUUAACAAAAACUAAAGAAAAUAAAUUGUUUGUAUAUUUGUAAUAUAUUGGUAAUGAAAUUUUAGAC